AUGGAAGUGAAUGAGGGUGAAGUAUCAGAGGUGGUAAAUGCGGGAAAGUUAUCGGAGACCGAGGUAUGCACCGAUGAUCAGGAUGAAGAAGAGUCUGACAGUUCUUUCUCAGGUGGUGGUGGUAGUAAUGGCAGCCCCCUGCAGCAGCAGCAGCAGCAGCCAGACCUACGGAUGAGGAGACAGCACUCGUCAGACAGCGUCAGCAGCAUUGCCAGUGCAACCAGCCACUCCAGUGUGGGAUCCAACAUGGACUCCGACGCUAAGAACAAGAACAAGAACAAGAAGAACUGGGUCUAUGAGUUGCGGAGCUCCUUCAAGCAGGCGUUCAGUAAGAAGAAGUCUCCCAAGUCCGCCUCGUCCCACUCUGACAUAGAGGAGAUGACAGACUCCUCCCUCCCCUCAUCCCCCAAACUCCCCCACAAUGGAUCCACAACCUCCAGCCACAUGCUCAGGAACUCACAAUCCAACUCACUGCUGUCGGACUGUCUGGACGGUGAGGCAGAGACCGUGAUGCAGCUCCGCAGCGAGCUCAGGGAGAAGGAGAUGAAGCUGACGGACAUCCGCCUUGAGGCUCUCAGCUCAGCCCACCAACUGGACCAGCUCAGAGAGGCCAUGAACCACAUGCAGGGGGAGAUAGAGAAACUGAAGGCAGAGAAUGACCGUCUGAAGCUGGAGAGUACGGGGAGCAGCAGAGCCCCCUCCCAGGCCUCCAUCUCCUCUUCGCCCCCUCACCAUACACACAUCCUUGCGCCAGGGCCUGGCCUGUCCCAGCACAGCAUCAACCUCACCGAGUCCACCAGCCUGGACAUGUUGCUGGAUGAUACAGUGGGAGAUGGAGUGAUGAGGAAAGAGGGACGACACGUGAAGAUAGUGGUCAGUCUGGACGAGGACCUCUCCCAGGAGGCCAGGGCUCGCCACUUCCUGAUUGGCUGUAUCGGUGUGAGUGGUAAAACCAAGUGGGACGUCUUGGACGGGGUGGUCCGCCGCCUCUUCAAGGAGUACAUCACCCACGUGGACCCAGUCAGCCAGCUGGGGCUGACCUGUGACAGUGUGGAGGGAUACUACAUUGGGGAUGUGCAUCGCCAUAGCAACACCGGCGCCGCUCACACCCCCGAGCUGCUGCCCUGCGGCUACCUGGUUGGAGACAGCGACACCAUCAACAUCAGGCUCAAAGGUGUGAGCAGUGAGAGUGUGGACUGCCUGGUGUUUGACACGCUGAUCCCCAAGCCCAUGCUGCAGCGCUACGUGUCUCUGCUGAGGGAGCACCGCCGUGUCAUUCUCUCUGGCCCCAGCGGCACCGGUAAAACACACCUGGCUAAUCGUCUGGCAAGACACCUGCUCCUGCUGGAGGGCCGACCCCUGACCCCUCACUCCGUUGUCACCUUUAACGUGGACCACAAGUCGAGCAAGGAAUUGCGUCAGUACCUGUCAGGCCUAGCUGAGCAGUGCAGCAGUGACAGACCAGAGACAGAGAGCCCUCUAGUGGUCAUACUGGAUAACCUGCACCAUGUCUCCUCUCUGGGAGAGAUCUUCAAUGGAGUGUUCAACUGCAAAUACCAAUGUUGCCCCUACAUCAUCGGUACUAUGAGCCAGGCCACAUCCUCUGCCCCCAACCUACAACUCCACCAUAACUUCAGGUGGGUGCUGUGUGCCAAUCACUUGGAGCCGGUGAAGGGCUUCCUUGGUCGCUAUCUGAGGAGGAAGCUGAUCGAGACGGAGAUCGGCAGCCGCAAGCGUACCCUGGAGCUGGUACAGAUCAUCGACUGGAUCCCUCGCGUCUGGCACCACCUCAACCGCUUCCUAGAGGCACACAGCUCCUCUGACGUUACCAUCGGGCCACGCCUCUUCCUGUCAUGUCCCAUGGAUGUGGCUGGCUCCAGGGUGUGGUUCACUGACCUCUGGAACUACUCCAUCAUCCCCUACAUGCUGGAGGCAAUCAGAGAGGGACUGCAGCUGUACGGCCGUAGGUCAGCGUGGGAGGACCCUGCAUGCUGGGUGAUUGACAGCUACCCCUGGUCAGCCACACCCACCACACCUGCUGAUUGGCCCCCGUUGCUGCAGCUCCGCCCAGAAGAUGUAGGCUUCGACGGUUACUCCGCCCCCAGGGAGGGCAUCAGGAAGGAGCCGCCACAGAGCGACUGUGACGCAGACCCACUGAUGAAUAUGCUGAUGAGGCUGAAGGAAGCAGCCACUUCCCCCAGCCCUCAGAGAUACGACAGCGACUCUAAUAGCAACAGUCGCCAACACGACAUCCUGGACUCGACACUGGAGUCAACAUUGUGAUCCGACUCCUCCCCCUUCCUAAGAAGACAAAAAUACAUUCAGUUAACGUUUUUAUGUUCAGUCAAUACAACAUUUCUUUUGAAUGUGUUUUUCAAGCUCACGUCCACAAAAAAUCAAGCCACUUUAAUUGUCAUAUCAAGAACACUAUGGGUGCAGGUCACCCAAAAUGAGAGAAGAACUGAAGAGAAAAAAACAGGAGUGAAACAGAAAGCUGCUGCACUGUUCUAUUUUUGCACCGUCAUGGCCAACCGCUCUCCUACAUCCAAUCCUCAUGUACCAUUUAGACAAACAACUGACCUAAACCAGAAUUUUACACUGUGCAUCAUCUUCAUCAUCUUCGCCGUUUUCCUUAUCAGCAUCAGUACCAUGCUCUCCUUAUUUAAGAAAACAUAGAGACUGCAUCUUUGAGCCAAACCCACCACAUCAGCAAGCCAGGCUCCUCGCGGCUCUUCCCCAGCUGCAGUGCUCCAAACUGGGCUACAGAUUGAGCUACAGGCCCUUUCCUUUGGAGCAUGGUGCUGGAGGUCUCAUCUUCGUCAUCUCCACAGAGACCAAAUUCACUGGUUCCCAAUGCCUCCUUAUGCCCCCAAUGACACACACACACCCAUCACCAUUCACCUGCCCCUACAUGUGACUCCUUUUGUCCCAAACGGGUCGCCGUAGCAUAAGUUUCUUCUCCAGACGAAAGUCUCUACUUUGGUGCUGGACUGAACUUAAAUUAGGAUGCCUUACUUUUUUUGUAACAGACUUGGUGCAUUAGCUACUUUUUUUAAUUUAGUCUUUUUUGGCUGUAAACUUACAGGGCUUUAAGUCGACACUCUCUUUGCGUUGUGCCUAGGCAGGUGGGCUUGAAGAGCAACGUCGACUAUCGUCAUAUCAAACACUAAUGCCAUGUUAUUAAGAGGUUAUUAGGGCUUGAAAGGGGAAAGGGACUUGUGGCUUCAAUAACAUGUCAUGAAUUGUAUUACUCCCAAUGCUGAGAAGUUUGUCAAAGUUUGCAUAUAACUUACUAAGGACAACUUGUGAGAUGGAGAAGUACAUUUGGUUGGUGCUCAAAGUACACAUCAUUUUGUAAUGGGUAUGUAAUGAGUAUGGGGGAAUGUUUAUUAAGGAAUUGUUUUAAUCUCUAUACCUCAUCUACCUUCUAUACACCCCUUUACGCCUUGGCCAUCUGUGUUGUCUGUUUUGGUCAUGUGACGUGUGAUUAUUAUUGUCAUGACAACACGUUGAGUGAAUAUGUAACCAUGUGUAUAUGCUGCUUUGUUUGAAGUCAUUUUACUUGAGGUCAUGUUUAAAAGGUACAAAUGAGAGAGUACAAAAUGGGAGAAGUUAAAGACUUCGAAUGGUUCUGGCUUCAGGUCAAAACAGAUUUUUUUCCCCUUGGCUUCAGAAAUGUGUAUAUUGAUUGUCCCCUUUCCUCCGAACCUUCACCCUAGGAGGAGAAGUGUGUUUUUUGGUCCAAUUAGGUUAUUUGUUUCCAGCAUCGCUUCCAUUUAUCUUUCAGUGUUCUUAGUCAUCAAACCUAUGCAACGUUCAUUUCGAACUCAAAAUUGAAGCCAAGCCUUAUGUCAGUUCUUUAAGGUUUUUCAGCACUGCCAAGAGAUGUACAGCAAGUGAACAGAUUUUGUGAAUCAUUUUUUUGGGGGGGGGGAGCUGGUACAGUCUUUGUUAAUUUACAAAUCAAAUCAAAUGUGUCUGUACUUUUGGAGAGUGUCUCUUGUCGUGGUAAAUGCAAGCACAACAACAACAAACAUUUUUAUGUGUUUGUCAGUCUGUAUGUCCACCGGUGAAACAACCUGCUCGCUUUGAGAAGUUUGGAUGGUGAAAUGAAUGGAGUUGCUGUUGAAUUCACAUGUUCUUAAAACUUAAUGAAUGUGUAGCCUUCUUUGCUAUGUAAAAAAACAACAAAAACAAAAAAACAUAUGUAACAUAACAGUGUAAAUACUUGAUUACCUUGCAACAUUUUGAUGACUUUUCUAGCCAAUUUGUAACUACUUGAAAAUGAGUAUUUUGUGUACAGUCUCUUUUGCAUCAGAGCAGGUGUGUUGAGUUUAUCAUCAAUGUUCUCUCCAGAGCUUGGAGAACUGAUUCUGAAGACCACUGUACUAGUCUUAAGUUAUUUGUGAUUCAAUAAAAAUCAUGGUUAUUUAUUAAUUAAUGCAAUGUGACUAUCAAUUAUGGCUCUCUACUGACAUAAACCUAUCGAUCUAUUUGAUGUUUUUGUUGUUGUUCAUUUCCAUUUUGUAACAGAAGUUAUACCAUGUAACUGUUACAUUUUAUUUGGUAUUUGUACAAAACAUAGUGAAAUAUUAACACAUAUAUAUACACACACACACAGUACAUUGAAAUAACAAACUUAGUGAAAUAUUAACACAUAUAUACACACACACACAGUACAUUGAAUUAACAAAUCCGUAUAAAUUAUGCACGAAAUGUCUACACUUUUCAAUAAAAACUGUAAGUCCA